CCCUAGUUUCCUUGUGGUAAACUUUAUAUCAAAGCCGAACUGGCAGCCUGGCCACUGGCUCUGGAGUCGGCGAAAGCGCGAACUCAGGAGAAAACAAUGUCUCGUAGCAAAGAAACCCGCGAUUCUUCUCUUCUACCGCAUGUUUCCUUGGUCUUCGUCGCUGUCUUCUGAUAUCUGUUUUCUUUGCCUUCUUAUCUUCCUUUGUAAUCACAAACAAUAAUUUUUAAUAUUAAAAAUAUUUAAACCGAAGGAAUUGAAAAAGAAAGGAUCAUGGCGUCAAUACUUCUUCGCCGACGAAGAAUUUCAGCUUCGGGUGUUUCCCGGAUUCUUCAAGCUGUUAAUGGGGAUUCCUUUCGACUAGAUACGGAAUCGAAGUGCGAGACAAUUGCUAGCUUAGGUGUAAGGAUAAGCAAUUACAGCAGUGGAAAGGGCACUGCAAAGUUCGAUUUUACUGAUCUCACCCGUCCUCAUACAUGGUAUCCUAAUGCUCGAAAAAAGAAUCGCAAGGUUUUCUUGCAUGUAGGUCCAACAAAUAGUGGUAAAACAUACCACGCUCUAAAGCGACUCGAGUCAAGUCCUUCUGGUAUAUAUUGUGGUCCUUUACGAUUGUUGGCAUGGGAAGUGGCGAAACGGUUGAACAAAGCAAAAGUUCCCUGUGAUCUAAUUACAGGACAAGAGAAGGAGGAAGUGGAUGGUGCAAAGCAUAAGGCUGUAACCGUUGAGAUGGCCGAUGUAACAUCUGAUUACCAAUGUGCCGUUAUUGAUGAAAUGCAGAUGUUGGGCUGUCAGACUAGGGGUUUUUCAUUUACACGUGCUCUGUUUGGAAUUGCUGCUGACGAACUUCAUCUUUGUGGAGAUCCGGCUGCCGUUCCUCUUAUUCAGGAAUUAUUGAAAGUGACAGGUGAUGAUGUAGAGGUCCAAUCUUAUGAGAGACUUUUACCAUUAGUUCCCUUGGAACUUCCUCUUGGUUCUUUUUCAAACAUAAGAACAGGUGACUGCAUCGUAAGUUUUUCACGCAAGGAAAUAUAUAGAUUGAAGAAAAAAAUUGAAACUGGGGGAAGGCAUCUUUGCUCUGUGGUUUAUGGUUCAUUGCCACCGGAGACUCGGACAAGACAGGCAACAAGGUUUAAUGAUGCAAGCAGUGAGUUUGAUGUUCUUGUGGCCAGUGAUGCAAUUGGAAUGGGUCUAAAUCUGAACAUUUCUAGAAUAAUUUUUUCAACAUUGAAAAAGUUUGAUGGUACCGAAAUGCGGGAUCUUACAAUACCAGAGAUCAAGCAAAUUGCAGGGAGAGCAGGAAGGUAUGGAUCAAAAUUUCCUUGGGGCGAAGUUACCUGUUUAGACGCAGAGGAUCUACCUUUGCUUCAUUCAUCAUUGAAAUCCACCUCACCUAUUUUAGAGAAAGCUGGAGUAUUCCCAUCCUUUGAUCUCAUUUAUAUGUAUUCACGUUUAAAACCAAAAAGAGGUCUCUAUCGGAUUUUGGAAGAUUUUCUAGAAAAUGCCAAACUAUCCGAGAAUUAUUUCUUUGCAAACUGUGAAGAAAUUUUGAAAGUUGCCGCCGUUAUUGAUGGACUGCCUCUAAGUUUGCAAGAUAAGUAUACUUUCUGCAUCAGUCCAGUUGACAUGAAUGAUGAAAUUUCGUCUCAGGGUCUAACACAGUUUGCGCAAAAUUAUGCAAAGAGAGGCCUUGUUCAUCUUCGAGAAAUAUUUACACCUGGUACACUUGAGGUGCCUAAAACACCUACUGCACUCAAGGACCUUGAAUCCAUUCACAAGGUCUUGGAACUCUAUGUUUGGUUGGGUUUUCGGUUUGAGGAAUCGUUUCCCGACCACGAGUUGGCUUCAUCACAGAAGGACAUUUGCAGUUCGUUAAUUGAGGAAUUCCUUGAAAGAUUCGGUUGGCAAAAGCCAAUGUCAAGGAAGUUAACUUCAAACACCAAGUUGAAUUCACUAAUGGAAAAAUUAAUGGAAAAUAAGAAAGGACGACACCUCUGUGAUUAGAUGUAAGCUUGUAUGUAUUUAUUCGUCCACCCCACCCGAUAAACCUCUCAGUUCAUCUGGAACGAUGAACUCGAACUC